GAGGAAACGAACGGGCCCUAGUGGUUUGUGGCAAAAGCCAUAGUUUAACGGUGUCUCAUAGCAAAUUUUGCAAAAAGAAAAAAAAUUUGUUCCAGACACGAGAACCCGUUCAAAAACCCUCGCCUCCACUACCCUCGCCUCGCUGCGGCGCGUCACUAGGACACGGAGAUCCAGCGGCGAUUCCGGCGAUGGAGUACGUAAACCCUCUCACUGGCUUCCGCGUCGACGGCCGACGCCCCAACGAGAUGCGGCAACUCAAGGGCGAGGUCGGCGUCGUUGCGCGCGCAGACGGGUCGGCGUUGUUCGAGAUGGGCAACACCAGAGUCAUCGCUGCCGUCUACGGCCCUCGAGAGGUUCAGAACAAAGGUCAGCAAGUAAACAGCAAUGAAGCUUUGGUUCGUUGUGAGUAUAGGAUGGCAGAAUUUAGUACAGGAGAUCGGAGGAGAAAACCGAAGGGUGACAGGCGAUCAACAGAAAUUUCUCUUGUUAUUCGACAGACAAUGGAGGCAAGCAUAUUAACACAUUUAAUGCCACGCUCACAGAUUGAUAUAUAUGUCCAAGUUCUUCAAGCUGAUGGUGGAACAAGGUCAGCUUGCAUCAAUGCUGCAACACUAGCUCUUGCAGAUGCUGGGAUUCCAAUGCGAGACAUUGUCACAUCUUGUAGUGCUGGCUAUCUGUGUUCUACUCCUUUGCUCGAUCUGAAUUACCUUGAAGACAGUGCUGGGGGUUCCGAUGUCACUGUUGGCAUUCUUGCAAAGAUGGACAAAGUGACUUUGCUUCAGAUGGAUGCAAAAUUACCGAUGGAUACAUUUGAAAAUGUAAUGGGACUUGCAAUAGAAGGGUGCAAAGCAAUUGCAACUUACAUUCGAGAGGUGCUAUUGGAGAAUACAAAGAAGCUUGAGUGUCAGCGUGGUUAAGGUUAACCUUAGGAGUGCAUGCAGAUUAAUGACCUGAACCUGUCGAAAGAUUGCUGACCCAACAAUGGACAUCAAACAGCCAUUAAAAGUAUUCCUGGUUAUGGAUGGAUGGCUUUGGUGCAGUGCGUUGCAGUGCACAGGAACUUCCUUAGCUUGCUUGAAUUUCUAACGGAGUAUGUGUAAAUCAACAGAAGCUGUUCAAGGCAAGCUUGAAUGGGCAUCCCAUACAGAAUUUGAAAGCCUAGAGGUCGAGGAUGUCAGCAGUUCUAAAGUAGGAAAUCAAACUUCGAUUGAUCGAGGAAAAUCUAUGCCGAUACACUUUUUUGGACUGUUUGCUAUACCCCACUUACCCAGUAUUGAAGACAAUUACAUCACUUUACACAA